AACCAAAUAGGCUAUGAUCUGUGAGGUCGGUUGACGUGUUGGUGUAGAAAAUGAGCUUCGUUGUUGUUGAUGUUUUUUUCAAUGAACAAAGCGUGUUUGAAAAGUUGGAAAAAAAUAGUGGAUUGCAUCGACGCUGUAGUGUUCCCGCAAGGCUGCGGUACAAUCACGAUCCCGUCUAGGAGCUGGACUUCAGUAUGCACUGCCAUUCCACACUCAGCACAUAAAUGCUCGAGAAGGGUUUAGGAUUAAGGCAGAUCCAACUGAAAAUGUUAGACAUUUCUGGCGAAUCUUCAUAUCACUAGAAUCCACUCGCUGCUUUCGCAUGGGUUAACUCCGCAGAAGCGACGUCGUUCGAAGAAAGCUAUCGUUUCGAAACAAGAAUCCGUUUCCCUUUAUUUAACCGAACAAGAGGUUUGCUCGGUUGACUGAGAAAUUUGAUCGAUCUUUGCAUUUGUAGGCCCAGCUUAGAUAAAGCGAACGUUACUGAAUAACCUUGACAUGAAAGUGUGAAAGGAGAUUGUGUUGUGGUCCGUAUACAUUAUAUUGCAGAGAAGUAAAGUGUAUACGUGUAUUUUGGACUAUAACAUAGUUUUGGUUUUUCUUAACUAAAUGUUUUGAGGACAAACAGUUGCCCUGUGAUAUUGGCCAGGACACUUUGAUUCGGGCACUGACGGUUACUGUCGUAAAUAUGAGUGAGACUCGCAGCUUCUUUUGGCGCAUCUUGGUUCCUGCUCUUGUGAUGGGUGUGGCCUGCAUUUUUUUGGCCCCUCUUGUUGUGGAUUUUGUUGGAUUUCGAAAGGAGGGCAUUGCAAAAAAGAGCUUGGCGUCCUUUUUGCAGGGAACAGCGGUCAAAGCAAACUUUGGCACCUCUGUCAUCUCGCAGCUACAACGAGCAGGUGUGAAAGGCUUUGGUAAUUUAACACUGUGCUUUAUUGGUCUGGUCGGGGCAGCGUGGACCUAUAUAAAUUUAUUACUUUUCUACCGACUUACCGAUAUGUGGAGGAACAGAAAUCAAAACGUUCUUCACGACCAUGGGAGCUCGGAUGGCGAAGGAACUGAAGUUACCCGAGAGAUGACAGAAGAAUACGACAACACCCGAGUGCGUCAACGAACAGUGACGAGGGAGAGAAAGCUCAGAAACGACAGACGAGACGAAGAUUCUGUGCCCGAAGACGCUGAUGCAACAGAAAGAAAAGAAACCGCCAACGAUAAUGGAAGUGACUAGUUUCAUGUUGAAUUAAAAAAAAAAAAUUCUAUUCAUCUAUGCUAUCUAGCAAUCUAGCUGUCUAUCAGUUUUCAUCUGUUGUUUCCACAGUAUAUAUCAUUGACAUGUAACAUUUCUUUCGUAACCCCCCCCAAGUCCCUACCGCCCAUUUCUAAUAGAACUUUAAAAAAAGAAGAAAUGUACGUGAAAAUGCUAACAAAAUAAAAAUAUACACAUGAAGCCAAGAAAACCGAAAGAAAAUUGUAUACAUGUAUUUCUAUUAAACCCUUUUUCCUGAAUUGUUAC